UGUCAACUGUACGAUUACCGUCAAUGUCAGAGUGUCAAUCAUAAACCACAACAAAUGAAAUGUGUGGAUUGAGCAGUGUAACAAUUUCUUUAAGUUUCUCAAUUCAAAACAUGUGAAACAGAGUGCAUUAAUUUAUAUGAGCAUUAAACUAUAUUACAACUCGGACAUGGACUCGCCUAAAGUGGUUUCUUUUUGGCAGGCGAUUGAUAUACUAAUAAAUAAACCUCAUGUUAUUAAUACAAGAUUGUGGGGUUGUAAUUUGCUUUCUAAACAUAUUUGCCAAGAUGCAGAUAAUCAAUAUAACCGUGAUAUUGAAUUAAAUGAUUUGUAUUUAAAGAAUACAAAUGAAGUACUUAGUUUUAUGGAAAAUUUAUUUCUGAAAACUAACCUCGUACCUCUUAAUGAAAACAAUGUGGAAAGGCAGAAUAACUUUAUAGAAAUUAUUUUAUUAGAACUAUUGCCUAAAAAUUACAUUGACAGCCAUGGUUUCCAAUUAGUCUGUUUGAAUAAGUAUAAAGCAACUGCAACAUUUUAUGAUGUGACUCCUAAACAAUACAAUCAAAAUCUAUGUCCAAAUUUCACUUACAGCUUUCACCUAAUCAAUGAGGAUGUACUUCUUAAUGGAUGUAAUGACGACAAUUCUAAAUCCCAGAAAUGGCUUCGACUUAAUGUAUUACCGCAUAUCAUUAAAUGGAUGGAUCAAGAUUUAGUUACCAAUUAUAAUAAAUCUGUAACCAUCAGAGAUUCUCUAGCUCUUGUACCAAAUGAUAAAUAUUACACUACAUAUAACAGAUUAAAGCUCAAGUAUGGGAAAGCCAUGGUUCAGAUUUGGCCAGAGAGCACUGAUCCUACCAAAUUUGUGUUUGAAGAUGUUGCUAUUGCCACUUACUUACUCCUUCUUUGGAACAAUAACCAUGAUAAUUCAUCUAAAAAACCAAUAAAUUUUAUCGACAUUGGCUGUGGGAAUGGCUUGCUUGUAUAUAUUUUGACAAAAGAAGGACAUAAAGGAUUGGGAGUAGAUGUACGAAAAAGAAAAAUUUGGGAGAUGUAUGAUCAGGAUAUACAACUUGAAGAAAGAACUGUGAGACCAGAAAACAUUUGUGACUUCAAAGGAUUUGAUUGGAUAAUUGGAAAUCAUUCUGAUGAACUCACACCUUGGAUACCAGUUAUGGCAUCAAGGUGUUCUUACAAUUGCAAUUUCUUUUUACUUCCAUGCUGUGCCUAUAAUUUCGAUGGUACAAAGUAUCAAAGACAAAAUUCUUCGAAAAGUCAAUACAAUGAAUAUUUAGAUUAUAUCCACAAACUAUGUGAGGAUUGUGGUUUCAAUACUGAAAUAGAUAGACUUAAAAUACCAAGUACAAAAAGAAUUUGCCUCAUUGGUAGGACAAGGAAAUAUGAAGAUGAUCAAUAUGAAACAUACAACAAAAAAGUUUUAGAGAUAAUCAAUAAUGGUAAAGAGUUUGAUAACACAAGUAAUGGUAAUCAUUUUAAAGCCAGAAACCCUAUAGAGAAAGUAAAAAAUUGCACCCAAAUUGAGAAAUCAGUCAUUGAAACUGUUGUCACUAAUAUUACAAACCUUCUCUUAGAUGGAUGCAAUUUUAAGGAUGAAUGGAACCCAGGAAAGGAACUACCUAUUGGGGAACUUGUUGAUCAAAUACCAGCAGACACUUUAAAAGCUUUGAAAUCUGAAUGUGGAGGAUUGCAGACAUUAUUAAAGAAUAACCAUCAUGUUUUUAAAGUGCAAAAAGGAAAAGUUCAAUUGAGACAUCCAAAAUCUGUUGAAGAUAUUAUGAAAUCUAUGAAAAUACACAAAAACAAAAGUUCAUCUGUAAGAGUACAAAUAAAACCCUGUUGGUUUUAUAACAAUCAUCCUCAGGGUUGCCCCUUAAGUGAUAGUAGUUGCAGUUUUCUACAUGCAAACAUUUGACAAAUAUUUAAUAUCUAAAUUAGAUAAAACUAAUUAAGGGCUGGAAAAGAAUGAGUAUUUGGUA